AUGGUGAAAAGCUCCAACCGCGUGCAGCGCAAGCUUGCAAAGAAGCAUGCGCGUGCCGCUACACAAGAAGAAGGGCAGCAGCAGCAGCAGCAGCAACGCGGCGGCGGCGGGGGCGGUGUGAACGCGGAAGACCGACGUGCGAAGCCGCCGCAGCGGCUCAAGCAGCAGAAGGCCAAGAAGGACACCAGCAGCGGCCGCCACGGCAAGUCAGCCUCAUCGACAACUGUUCUUCAAGAGGAUCGGCACCCACGUAGAACGCAGGGCCCUUCCAAAGUCAAAAAGACGUCCGCGAAGAAGAGCAGCGGCGGCAGUCUCCAGAAGGAUGAGCAUCGCCGCGUCGCCGUCAAACUUGUCGCACGCGAGCAGCAGCAGAAGAGUCGUAUGACGGUGGCGGAGUCCCGCAUGGAGGCAGCAAAGGAGGAGCUGGCGUUGUUUGACCAUGUCGUGCAGCUCCCCGACUUUGCGGCGAACCCGUUCCUCGCGAUUGAGGGGCACCUCAACGACACCAUGGCAUUCCUGCAGCCGCAGACACCCGACGUGGGCAGGCGCAAGCGGGAGGAGUAG